GGGAGAGGCCGCGGGGUGCGGGCGCCCGGGGAUUGCCGCCUCCUUAAGCAACGCGUCCCGGGCCGGCCGUGCCGUCGUCGCUGCGUCUCGGCGCCCCGGGAGCAGGAGGUAGAGAAGGGCCCUGGCCCCGCGGGCGUCCGCCUUCUCCCCCGCAGCGACCCGUGCGAGUGCGGCCGGACGGCAGAUUUGAUAAUGGGCUGCAUUAAAAGUAAAGAAAACAAAAGUCCAGCCAUUAAAUACACACCGGAAAACCCUCCAGAGCCUGUAAGCACAAGUACCAGUCAUUAUGGAGCUGAACAUUCUACGGUUGCCCCGACCUCUUCCACAAAGGGAGCAUCAGCUAAUUUUAACAGUCUUUCCAUGACACCAUUUGGAGGGUCCUCUGGGGUGACUCCUUUUGGAGGAGCAUCUUCCUCAUUCUCAGUGGUGCCAAGUUCAUAUCCUACAGGCUUAACAGGUGGUGUCACUAUAUUUGUGGCCUUAUAUGAUUAUGAAGCUAGAACUACAGAAGACCUUUCCUUUAAGAAGGGUGAAAGAUUUCAAAUAAUUAACAAUACGGAAGGAGAUUGGUGGGAAGCAAGAUCAAUUGCUACCGGAAAGAAUGGUUAUAUCCCUAGCAAUUACGUAGCGCCUGCAGAUUCCAUCCAGGCAGAAGAAUGGUAUUUUGGCAAAAUGGGGAGAAAAGAUGCUGAGAGAUUACUUCUGAACCCUGGGAAUCAGCGAGGUAUAUUCUUAGUAAGAGAGAGCGAAACUACCAAAGGUGCUUACUCCCUCUCAAUUCGUGAUUGGGAUGAGGUAAGGGGUGACAAUGUGAAACAUUACAAAAUCAGAAAACUUGACAAUGGUGGAUACUACAUCACAACCAGAGCUCAAUUUGAUACUCUGCAGAAACUGGUGAAGCACUAUACAGAACAUGCUGAUGGUUUAUGCCACAAGUUAACAACUGUGUGUCCAACUGUGAAACCCCAGACUCAAGGUCUAGCAAAAGAUGCUUGGGAAAUCCCUCGAGACUCUUUACGACUAGAGGUUAAACUCGGUCAAGGAUGCUUUGGCGAAGUAUGGAUGGGAACAUGGAAUGGAACCACAAAAGUAGCAAUCAAAACAUUAAAGCCAGGUACAAUGAUGCCAGAAGCAUUCCUUCAAGAAGCUCAGAUAAUGAAAAAAUUAAGACACGAUAAACUUGUUCCACUGUAUGCGGUUGUUUCUGAAGAACCAAUUUAUAUUGUCACUGAGUUUAUGUCAAAAGGAAGCUUGUUAGAUUUCCUUAAAGAAGGAGAUGGAAAAUAUUUGAAGCUUCCACAGUUGGUCGAUAUGGCUGCUCAGAUUGCCGAUGGUAUGGCAUAUAUUGAAAGAAUGAACUAUAUUCACCGAGAUCUCCGAGCUGCUAAUAUUCUUGUAGGAGAAAAUCUUGUAUGCAAAAUAGCAGAUUUUGGCUUAGCAAGAUUAAUUGAAGACAAUGAAUACACAGCAAGACAAGGUGCAAAAUUUCCAAUCAAGUGGACAGCUCCUGAGGCCGCACUAUAUGGUCGAUUUACAAUAAAAUCAGAUGUGUGGUCAUUUGGAAUUUUACAGACAGAGCUGGUAACAAAGGGGAGAGUACCAUACCCAGGUAUGGUAAACCGUGAAGUGCUGGAACAAGUGGAGCGGGGGUACAGGAUGCCUUGCCCCCAGGGCUGUCCGGAAUCCCUCCAUGACUUGAUGAAUCUUUGCUGGAAGAAGGAUCCUGAUGAGAGACCAACAUUUGAAUAUAUUCAGUCCUUCUUGGAAGACUACUUCACUGCUACAGAGCCACAGUACCAACCAGGAGAAAAUUUAUAAUCCAAGUAGCCUGUGUGCACAGAUCUGCCAAAAUAUAUAGACCUGGUGUGAGCUGCUCCUGCACAGGAGCAAGAAGAUGACACUCUUCAAUCUGCAUGUAAACUGGCAAACUGGAAUUCCAGAUACGGUUGCACGAAACCACUUUUUUAACCAAGUGUUAAACUCUAAAGUACCAAUAAUGCAUCAAACUUACUUCAGGGUCCAAAGAAAGUAGAGCUAAGAUACCCUUACUGUGUGGGUGAUACCAUGGUAAGAAAGAGCAACAAGACUACUGUCUACUGGUCACUUCCUUUUCUUCCCCAAACUCAUAAAAGUUGUUAAGAGAAAACUAUGUAUUGUUAUGGACAAAACUUGGGCCAUUAUACCACAGUAAAAUCUAAACUCAAAGAACUUCAUGGGACCAAAUAAUUCCAUUCCAGUUUAAUUUUUCUUCCUUUUUUUUUUUUUUCAAAAGUUUUGUUUGUUUUUUUUCUGUUUAACAGUCAGCAUGCAGUCUUAACAGAGGCCUCCUUUUGUGUGAACAUGGGCCAAGUCUUCCAGAAGCAAAAAAUGGAUUGAUUAUAAACAGCAUCAAAAACUUGAAUAAGUGUUAGACCACAGCCGUGGAAUUUGGAAGCAUAAUACACUACGUUCACACUUCGUUCAUAGAACUGGAAAUUAGAAAAACUAAUUUUUUUACUUUAGUCAUUUGUUGAAUUGUUGAGCUUAGAUAAUGAAGGUAACCAGAAAGUGGAUUAAUCUUUUACAAGCUUAUAUUGUUUUUUUU